AUGGGUUUUGGCCAUACAACAGAUGACAACAAACCUCUUCUGGUCAUCCCAACAGUCCUGGUGCCAUUUCAGAACAACAGCCACCUUAAGACAUCGAUGCCUCGGAUAGGUCGUGAUAUGACAGGAUUAUACAAGGAAUACCAACUGGAAAGAAACCACAGCAACUUGGCAUACGAACCAACGCCAGGAGAAAUUGCCACAGCCAGCGUGGUUUUUGGGAUUCUGUGGCUGUUUUCGGUCUUUGGAAAUGUCCUGGUUUGCUUGGUCAUCCACAGGAGCAGGAGGACUCAGUCCACCACCAACUACUUUGUGGUUUCCUUAGCGUGUGCUGACCUCCUGGUCAGCGUGGCCAGCGCUCCUUUUGUCUUGCUCCAGUUCACAUCUGGUAGAUGGACCCUGGGUAAUGUCAUGUGUAAGCUGGUAAGAUACUGUCAGCACCUCACCCCAGGGGUACAGAUCUAUGUGCUACUUUCCAUCUGUAUAGACAGGUUCUAUACAAUAGUUUACCCUCUGAGCUUCAAGGUGUCCAGAGAAAAAGCCAAGAAAAUGAUUGUGGCAUCUUGGAUCUUUGAUGCAGCCUUCGUGUCGCCUGUAUUCUUUUUCUACGGUUCCAGCUGGGAUCAGCAUUGUAAUUUUUUCCUCCCUUAUUCUUGGGAUGGGACUACGUAUGGUAUUAUUCACUUUCUGAUAGGUUUUGUGAUUCCAUCCUUUUUCAUUAUCAUAUUCUACCAGAAGGUCAUCAAAUAUAUUUGGAGGAUCGGCAUUGAUAGUCGAACGGUGAAGAGGACAAUGAACAUUGUUCCAAGGACAAAAGUGAAGACCAUCAAAAUGUUCCUGAUGUUAAAUCUAAUAUUUUUGCUCUCCUGGCUUCCUUUUCAUGUGGUCCAGCUCUGGCACCCACAUGAAAGAGACUAUAGGAAAAGUUCUUUGGUUUUCACAGUGAUCACUUGGAUAUCAUUCAGCUCUUCAGCCUCUAAGCCUACUUUAUAUUCCAUUUAUAAUGCCAACUUCAGGAGAGGGAUGAAGGAAACUUUUUGUAUGUCCUCAAUGAAAUGCUACCGAAGCAAUGCCUAUACUAUCACGACCAGUUCAAGGGUGGCCAAAAAAAAUUACGUUGGCAUUUCAGAUAUACCUGUCACAGCCAAAACUGUAGCCAAAGACUCAAUAUAUGACUCAUUUGACAGGGAAGCUAAAGGGAAAAAACUUGCUUGGCCCAUUCAUUCCAAUCCGCCAAAUACUUUUGUUUAAUUUCUCGCCAUUCUUUUGAUAACUAUUAUGCACCAAAUAGACUAAAAAGCUUUAAAACUUCAGGAAUAGGUGGAUAUUUACUUUUUUUGCAUAUA